AUGCAGACUGCAUCUUUACCAGCAACCACAGAACAUCCCAAAGCCCGCUCAGGAAGAGUGCCAGACCUGCCCAUUGUGGAGAAAAGGAACUGGCUGAUCCACCUGUACUAUAUCCGCAAGGACUAUGAUUUGUGUAAGAUCGCUAUAAAAGAGCAACUUCAGGAGACCCAUGGGAUGUGUGAAUACGCAGUCUAUGUUCAAGCUUUGAUAUUUCGCUUGGAGGGGAAGAUUCACGAAUCCCUUGAGCUGUUCCAGACGUGCGCUAUCCUCAGGCCCCGGAGUGCAGACAACCUCAAGCAGGUGGCCCGAUCACUAUUCCUCCUUGGGAAGCACAAAGCAGCCAUUGAAGUGUACAGUGAUGCAACGCAGUACAACCAGAAGGACUGGGAGAUCUGCCACAACCUGGGUGUCUGCUACAUGCAGCUGAAGUAUUUCAACAAGGCAAAAGACCAGCUCAACAACGCCUUGCAGCUCAACCGCCAUGACCUGACAUACAUGAUGCUGGGGAAAAUCCACUUAUUGGAGGGGAAUAAGGAUGAAGCCAUUGAAGUUUACAAGAAAGCAGUCGAGUUCUCUCCAGAAAACACGGAGCUGCUUACCACCUUGGGCUUGCUGUACCUGGAGCGCGAGGAUUAUCAGAAAGCCUUUGAGCAUCUUGGGAAUGCGCUCACAUACGAUCCCAGCAACUAUAAGGCCAUCUUGGCAGCCGGUAGCAUGAUGCAGACGCAUGGAGACUUCGACGUGGCCCUCACCAAGUACCGGGUGGUGGCGUGUGCGGUGCCUGAAAGCCCCCCACUCUGGAACAACAUCGGAAUGUGCUUCUUUGGCAAAAAGAAAUACGUUGCGGCCAUCAGCUGCCUGAAACGGGCCAACUACCUGGCACCCUUUGACUGGAAGAUCCUCUACAACCUUGGCCUGGUCCACCUGACUAUGCAGCAAUACGCCUCCGCUUUCCACUUUGUCAGUGCGGCCGUCCACCUCCAGCCAAAGUUGGCAGAACUCUACAUGUUGUUAGCAGUUGCUUUGACAAAUCUUGAAGAUGCCGAGAAUGCCAAACUAGCCUACCAAAAAGCUUCAGCGCUGGACACGUGCAACCCUCUGAUAAAUCUCAACUAUGCCAUCCUCCUCUGCAACCAAGGGGACAAGAAGGAGGCCACUGUCCAGUACUAUGAGAUGAAGAAAAAGGUCCAGGCGUCAAAGGAGGGCACUGUCGAGUUUGAUCCUGAGAUGGUGGACCUAGCCCAGAGACUGGGGGCUGCUUUGCAGCUUGGAGAGGUCGCAGUGUGGACUAAACCUUCAAAAGACUCCAAAUCGAAGCCUCGGGGGAGUGCCUCGGGAAAAUCUUCCAGUGCACAGCCUUUGGGCUCCAACCAAGCCCUGGGCAAGGCUAUGUCUUCUGCCGCUGGGUACGCAAAGACCAUGAUCCAAGGUUCUGGAAAUUCGACUCAAACGGCAAAAGUUCCUUCCCUGCCCCUGGAGCCUAAGCCCAACUCAGAGCCCGAUGCUGAGGAAGCCAUAGAAGAGUCGGAGCAAAGUGAGUCAAGCCAGGCAGCAGGCCAAGGCAAGGACCCUUGAAACCUCCAUUGCCUCUAGAGUUGCACAGCCCUCACCAGCUAGGCUUCUUAGGUAUCGUCACUAGACGUAGCAUCCCACAAACCUUGCUGCAGUGCAAGGUGGAGUGCGCCAGUCCUCCUGUCCCUCCAAACAGAACGGUUGGGGAUUGUUUGUGAAGCCUACUUUCUUCAGCUUUCCAUGCAUAGGUACUUUCAAGAUGCCAUCAAUAUUUCUGAAGGAGACUACCUUUCUGCAUUGAGAGAAAACCUUGGGUUAUACUCAACAACCCCCCUGUGCGCUGCAGAUGGGAGAUUGCAUCCUUCUCAGGCGGAUCGGACUAACCUUUUCAUAAUUCAUCUGAAUUACCAGACAGAUGUUAAUGGCUGGAGGCCAGUAUGAGGCAGCUGUUGUAACCCUCAAAGCAAUGACUUGUUCAGCACUGUGCAAUUUGGAUUUGAUCCAGCUACAAAUAUUUUUGCAGCAGCCCUGUUUUCUGCUGCUACUUUGUACACUUAGAGGGAUUUAGCUGGUGAUUCAGAUAGCUUCCUAGUAAUUGGGAAGAUGUAGCAGUGGAGCAAUUCAACAGAAGAGAACUCCUUUGUAUACUGAGGGAGCUUUCAUACCUAUAAAAUAGUUAAUAAAUAGUUGGAAAGAUCUUCUACAUUUUA